CCAGUGCUACAUCCCCACGUGUCGAUCUGUCGUUAAGUGUCAGCCAAUGAAACGUGUCACCUGACCAUUUACAAAUUAAUCAAUGACACGUAUCUGAACGUGCCAACGUCAACACAUUUCUUUAGCGGCGGAAACUCUAUAGACAAAAUGGUCUCAAAGUUGUUUGUGGUCGUUGUAGUAGCGUGUCUGCUGGCUCCAGUUGCUGCCGAUUACGAUUACGAAGACGAACUUGCCAGUGAAGAACAAGAAGAAAGUCCCUGUGAGGUGGACGGUGUGGUCUACGAUCAUGGCGACGUGUUCAGACUGAAGGGUGCCACUAGGUGCAUUCAAUACCUGUGUAGUGUCGGCAACGUUGUCAUUUACAAGGAUGCUUGUGAUUUUAAAAACGAAUGCUUCCCAGUGAAUUCGGUGUUCGACAUCGACUGUGCCACAUACACCUGCAUCAAGACCAGGAAGGAAGAUACAACACUCUACUCCAUCAAGCCGCAGAAAAUCCGGUGUAAGGAUAGCAAAGGACGAUGCCGUGAACACGGGGAUAAAUUUUCCUCCUUUAUCAACGGGCGCCAGUACAACAACUGCAACUGUAACAUCAUGGGCUAUAUGGCCAGCAUCUCCUGCAAGGCCUGAUGACGCCCCGGCACCCCAGCACCCCAUCUUGGGACCCCGGCACCCCAUCGUGGGACCCAUCCGACGGGCGACGUGCAUCAUUGACUGGCCAUGGUUUCUCAGUUCAAAUAAACAAUGUUUCAAUCAUU